UGAAGGUUUUUUCAAAAAGUUAGUCCAGUAUUUACUAUAGUAAACAAUCAAGUUUUGUAGGAGUAGUUCUUAUAAAUCCCUCACCUUUUCUCAAAAGUUUUGCACUGAUACUGUGGCCAUUUUUGUAAAAGCAAAAGGUGUUCUCCUUAGUUUUCCUUUGGGAUUUUGAUGUUUUACUAAUUUAAGAGUAAAAUUUUCCAAAGCUAUAAUAGAUAACAAGAUGACAUGUGAAUCAAAUGCAGAUGGAAAAUUGAGUGAGAAGAAAAUGGAAGAAGAAGAUAGUUUAAGGACAGUGGAAUGUCUAAGAGGGAGAUUGCAAGCUGAAAGAGUGGCUUCAAGAAAUGCAAAAGAAGAGGCAGAGAUUAUGGGAACCAAGCUGAUUGAGCUGGAGAAUAAGUUGAAAGAAGAGACUAAAUCAAGAAACAAAGCAGAGAAGAAGCUUAAAUUUCUGAUAAAGAAGCUUGAAUCCAAGAACAUAUAUUAUGUUUCAGAUGAAUCAGAGAAUUCAAGCUUUUUAAAGAGUGAAAUUUCAUCUCUAAUAUCCACAGCUUGUAGCAGUGCCAAACAAUCAGAAGAUAGAGAGUGUCAAGAAUCAGUUGGGAGUACAAAAUCCAGCUAUGAAAAUCUUAAUUGUUCAGAGCUCAUUCAGAAGAGAAAAUCUGAAGAAAAAACAGUCAAUUUAGAGAAAGAUGGUUCACAAAUGAGCAUUUCUAGUCAAGAUAUUGAGAAUCCUUCAGCAAAAGAACAUUCUGCUAAAUCAAGUGAAUUUGAAUUCUCAAAGACAGAUCCCAAUAGUAGGUCACGCGUUCGAGCCGUGGAAACAGUCUUUUGAAGAAAUGCAGGAUAAGGCUGCGUACGAUAGACCUUUGUGGUCCGGCCUGUCCCCGGACCCGCGCAUAGCGGGAGCUUAGUGCACCGCGCUACCCUUUUUUUUUUUUUUACAGUGAUAGUAUAAUUGAGCCGAGUGUCUUUCGGAAACAAUCUCUCUACCUGCUUCAGGUAGGGGUAAGGUUGCAUAUACCCUACCCUCCUGAGACUGUACUUGUGGGAAUACACUAGGUAUUAUGUUGUUGUUGUUGUACAGUGACAGUAUAAUUGAGUCGAGUGUCUUCCGGAAACAGCCUC